GUGUACAAUACCUUCGCCAAGGUGUUCCAUCGGUACGAUUAGGUCUUCUUAUUUACUACACAUAUACACAUGACACAACAAGACUGAUGAAGCUCAGUCGUCAAGCUGCUUCGAUCCGCUAGCAAUCGUAUUCUGCAGUAGCAAUUCAAACUCCUACCCUGACAAAGUAAUCGGCAAACGCAUUACCAUCGUGUUGGAGUCUGCACAAGGACACACUGGAGGUCAGUUUUGCAACAUGGAUGUGACUACCCCGCAUUCCCGAUGCCUUUCAGUAUUGGUUAUUGGAGUCCUGAGACGCUUGGACCUCAAUGAUCUCACCCGCGCCAGAACUCAUUCAAGUCCCGCUCUACUCUACAAUCUGCAGUGAACUCUAUUGUCAUGCAGCAUAACCUUUACCUAGAUUGUUCAGCAAGACUAUAACUCAAUCUUUUAGAACUGAAAAUGCGACUUCUGAAGCUUUCCGACGAUGGUAGUGUCAAGCUCACCUCGUUUUCUGGAACCGACACGCCUGCCUACGCAAUCCUUUCGCACACCUGGGCUCACGAGAGUGAUGAGGAAGUUACCUACAACGAUGUGUCCAGGGGUCUUGGGACGGCUAAAGAAGGUAUGGAAAAGCUUCGGUUCUGCAGCAACCAGGCGAGAAAUGACGGUCUCCAAUAUUUCUGGAUCGAUACAUGUUGCAUAGACAAAUUCAAUGUCAACGAGCUUACCGAGAGCAUCAACUCCAUGUAUCGCUGGUAUCAGCAGGCAGAGCGAUGCUAUGUCUACCUCACAGAUGUUGAUGUUGAUACUCCGAAGGCACACUCUUCGCAUACUGCAUGGAAUACACAGUUCAGAAAUAGCCGCUGGUUCAGUCGCGGGUGGACGGUCCAAGAGCUGCUCGCACCUCGUCGGAUUGAGUUCUUUUCCCGGAAGGGUAUUAGGUUAGGCGAUAAAGCGUCGCUUCUACCGACUAUCUAUACCGCGACUGGUAUAGAUCCAGAAGCUCUCCGCUCAGGGAAUCUGGAUAGCUUUAGUUUUGGAGAGCGCUUAAGCUGGAUUAGGGACCGGCAGACCACUCUACCGGAGGAUAAAGCGUACUCUAUGCUUGGUAUCUGUAAUGUCUACAUGCCGCUCAUAUACGGAGAGGGCGAAGAAAGCGCAUUCCACCGUCUUGAGAAGGGUAUUGCUAGAUUAGGCAUGUGGCCGCAACACGAUGGAACUUGUGCUGUGUCCGUCAUGCCGUUCGAACGCAAUCCGCAUUUCGUUGGAAGAGAAGAAGAAAUUUUGAGGCUGCAAUCACUACUGUCCAAGCGCAGCCAUACCUCACAGAUUGCGGUCGUCGGGCUUGGCGGUAUAGGCAAGACACAGAUAGCUGUGGAGUUUGCUUAUCGGAUGAUGGAUGAACGCAAAGAUUUCUCAGUCUUCUGGACGGAUGCGACCGAUUCAGAGAGUCUUCUACAGUCAUACCGAGCGAUCGCAGAGAAGCUUGACAUCCCUGGUCGAGAUGAGAAAAGUGCGGACGUCAUACGUCUGGUGCACGCCAACCUGAACCAGGAGAGUACGAAUCCGUGGUUGCUCGUGCUCGAUAAUAUUGACGACAUGCAUAUGUGGGCCUUUCACCAGACUAAGGGGACAGAGGAUCGAUUGGUACAUCACUUGCCGAGCAAUCCCAAAGGCAGCAUUCUUUUCACGACGAGAAACAGGAAGGUAGCUGUGAAGCUAUCGCAACAGAAUGUCAUCAAAAUAGGAGAACUUCAGCCACAAGUAUCUCUGCGACUCCUAAGGAUGCGUCUCGCCGAACCACAGCUCACCUCUGACUUCGCUAUCGAAGAGACUCUAUUAGAAGCGUUAGCCAACCUUCCGCUUGCUAUCGUCCAGGCGUCGGCGUAUAUCAACACCAAUGGCAUCACGAUUGCCGCCUAUCUAAAACUCUUUAAAGAGCAGGACGAAACUACAAUGGCAUUGCUCAGUGAAGGUUUCGAUGACGAGGGAAGGUAUCCAGGCACCCACAACACGAUAGCUACUACCUGGCUCAUUUCUUUCGAGCACAUCAGGAGAGAUAAUCCUACCGCUGCAGACUACUUAUCCUUUAUGGCCUGCAUCGAACCGAAAGACAUUCCGCUGACGUUACUCCCAUGCGGCGCUUCGCGAAAACAGCAUCUUGACGCUAUUGGGAUACUACAUGCCUACUCCUUUGUGGCAUGGAGAAAUAUGAAUCAAUCGCUCGAUGUGCAUCCUUUGGUACACCUAGCCACAAGGAACUGGCUGUCCAAGCACGACCUUCUACGCACAUGGACUGAGAAAACUAUAGCCCAUUUGGCAGAUCAAUUUCCAAGUAUCAAUCACAACAAAAGGGAUAUAUGGAGGCCGUAUCUAUCGAGCGCAAUGUACACACUCAGGCAGCGGCUCGUGAUCGAUAAUAACGACUAUCGAGCGAAACUAGCUAGAAAUGUUGGUCUGUGUCUUCUCAACGACGGUAGGUAUAAUGAGGCUGAAGACUCUUUCAACGAGGUCCUGGACGAGCAACAGAGAACGCUUGGUGAUGAGCAUCCGGUCACUUUGACUGUUAAAGCCGACCUGGCGUCCACGUACCGAAGCCAACGGCGAUGGGUCGAAGCAGAGCAGCUAGAGAUACAGGUGGUGGAGACGAGUAAGCGAGUGCUGGGCGAUGAGCAUCCGGACACGUUGUCUAUCAUGACCAACCUCGCGUCCACGUACCGAAGCCAAGGGCGAUGGGUCGAAGCAGAGCAGCUAGAGGUACAGGUGGUGGAGACGAGUAAGCGAGUGCUGGGCGAUGAGCAUCCGGACACGUUGUCUAUCAUGACCAACCUCGCGUCCACGUACCGAAGCCAAGGACGAUGGGCCGAAGCAGAGCAGCUAGAGGUACAGGUGGUGGAGACGAGUAAGCGAGUGCUGGGCGAUGAGCAUCCGGACACGCUAGCUUUCACCACCAACCUCGCGUCCACAUACUGGGACCAGGGACGAUGGAACGAGGCAGAGCAGCUAGAGGUUCAGGUGAUGAGAAUAAGGGAGCGAACACUAGGUAAGAAGCAUCCGGACACUCUGACUAUCAAAGCCAACCUGGCGUCCACAUACCGAAGCCAAGGACGAUGGACGGAAGCUGGGCGGCUAGAAGUACAGGUAAUAGAGAUAAGGAAGCGGACACUUGGCGAAACCCAUCCUGACACUUUAAGCUGUGUUUCAAACUUCGCCACAACACUUUGGAAUCAAGGACGCUGGAUUGAGGCGGAGAAUAUCGCAGUCUGUGUGUUGGCAGCACAACAGAGGACACUUGGUGAUCAACAUCCCUCUACGUUGACAAGCAUGGCGAACCUUGCAACGAUAUUCUGGAAACAAGCCCGGUAUUCCUCGGCAGUGGAGCUGCAAAUUGAAGUCCUAGCAAAGACGAAAAGCUUGUAUGGAAACGAUCACCCAUAUAUGAUAACGGCUUUAAACAACCUUGCUAGUUUCUAUAGAGACCAAGGUAAAUUCGAAGAAUCUACAGCCAUUCGAAUUCAUGUGGUGGACCGAAGGAUACGUAGUCUUGGUAACAAUCACCCCCACACGAUCUCAGCGAUGAACAAUCUCGCAAGCUCAUACAAAGAUCAGGGUGAGCUCAGCAAAGCAAUAGAAAUGCAAAGAGAUGUGUUAGAGAGGAGACAAAGGAUUAUUGGCCACGAGCAUCCCGACACGAGUUCAGCGAAAAACAACCUCGCGAGCAUGCUUAAGGACCAGGGCAACUUUGGCGAGGCAGAAGCAAUGUACAAGCAGUCAUUGCUUGAGAAGGUGAAGGUUCUAGGACCGAAGCACGCGUCGACACUUAAUACAUACAACAACUUGGGUCGCCUCUACGCUAGUCAAGGCAAGCUAGACGCGGCAGAGACCUUAUACACGCGAGCGCUGCAAGGGUACGAGGAGGCACUUGGACCGAAGCACGCGUCGACACUCUCCGUGGUUAACAACCUAGGCCGCCUCUAUGCAGACCAAGGAAAGCUAAAGCUAGCGGAGAAGAUGUACGUACGAGCGCUGGAAGGGUAUGAUGAUGUGAUCAACAUCGACCACGUCGAUACUUAUCGAGCGGCUAAUAAAACUUUACAAAACUUCGGGGAUCUUCUAUUAAAAUAUAGACCGGAGAAGGCGAAAGCAAUGUACGAACGUACAUUGUCUAGGUACACGUGUGUUGUAGCCUCGUCUGGGGACUAUAUAGAUCUCAAGCAGCGUUUAGCCGCGCUUAAGUGGAGACCACUAUUGCCGCCGGACACAAAUGGUAUGUUCAUUCGGCAUCCAGGGCUUAGAUGAUCAAGAUCCUCGUAAAACUAGGGACUUACGGAAAUGGACAAGAAGGCUUAUAGAGCAGAUAUUUAUUACUUGCAAAGCACUCUUAUCGGAUGGGUUUUCUUUCGAAUGAUUUCGGAUCCGCUUCACAAGUGCAUGUAAUGAAAUGUAAAUGGCUGACUGAAUGUGUUUUACAUGAUGGACGUGGCCGCCAUAGCAACGCUGGACCGUAUGAGGCUAGCGGAAUAGCAAG